CGGUGAAAGCCGACCGCGGCCCAGCUGUGCCCUUCCCGGGACGCCGCACGUCGGGCGCGUCUCGUGUAAAGUAGCGGGAUUUGUUUCGCGCACCAUGGGACGUUUUGAUGGGACGCUUGGGCGCACACCUGCAGUCACCACCUUCUGCAGCAACAGCCCUGCGCCGCUGCGGCCUCGGGCUCCACCGAGCGCAAGGGGUGGCUGAUGAUCCGGGCUGGUGGCACUUGGGGGACACGGGGACAUAUGACGUCACGCCAGGGCAUGACGACAUCGCCUCAUCACGCGACAGCAGGUCUGCAAAUGCCACCCAUGAAGCCAUCAAUGUCACCCUGCGCACUACAGUGGCUGUCACCACCAAACUGGUGGUACCUACACCUGCCAGACCCAUCCUGCCGGUGCAGACGGGAGUCCAGGCGCAGCAAGAGGAGCAAUCCAGUGGCAUGACGAUUUUUUUUAGUCUUCUUGUGUUAGCUAUCUGCAUCAUAUUGGUGCAUUUACUGAUAAGAUACCGACUUCAUUUUUUACCAGAGAGCGUGGCCGUUGUUUCUUUAGGUAUCCUUAUGGGAGCAUUUAUAAAAAUCAUAGAGGCUCAAAAGCUGGCCAACUGGAAGGAAGAAGAAAUGUUUCGUCCAAAUAUGUUUUUUCUGCUUUUGCUUCCACCUAUUAUAUUUGAAUCCGGAUAUUCGUUGCACAAGGGUAAUUUUUUUCAGAACAUUGGUUCCAUCACUCUCUUUUCUGUAUUUGGCACUGCAAUAUCAGCUUUCAUUGUAGGUGGAGGAAUUUAUUUCCUGGGCCAGGCUGAUGUAAUUUAUAAACUCAACAUGACAGACAGUUUUGCAUUCGGCUCUUUAAUAUCCGCAGUUGACCCUGUGGCUACUAUUGCCAUCUUCAAUGCUCUCAACGUGGAUCCCGUACUUAACAUGCUGGUUUUUGGAGAAAGCAUUCUCAACGACGCAGUCUCUAUUGUCCUGACCAACACAGCAGAAGGUUUGACAAGAGAAAAUAUGUCAGAUGUAAGCGGAUGGCAAACCUUUCUACAGGCACUGGGGUACUUCCUUAAGAUGUUCUUCGGCUCUGCAGCGCUGGGCACCCUUACUGGGCUUAUCUCCGCAUUAGUGCUGAAGCACAUUGAUUUAAGGAAGACGCCCUCCCUGGAGUUUGGGAUGAUGAUUAUCUUUGCUUACCUUCCUUAUGGACUCGCAGAAGGCAUCUCACUCUCAGGUAUCAUGGCAAUUCUCUUCUCUGGCAUCGUGAUGUCUCACUAUACACACCAUAACCUGUCCCCGGUGACACAGAUUUUAAUGCAGCAGACACUGAGAACUGUUGCUUUCAUGUGCGAAACGUGUGUGUUCGCAUUCCUCGGACUGUCCAUUUUCAGUUUUCCCCACAAGUUUGAAAUGUCCUUUGUCAUCUGGUGCAUAGUUCUUGUUCUGUUUGGUAGAGCAGUGAAUAUUUUCCCACUCUCCUACUUACUCAACUUUUUCCGUGAUCAUAAAAUCACCCCCAAAAUGAUGUUUAUCAUGUGGUUUAGUGGUUUACGUGGUGCAAUUCCCUACGCCCUCAGCCUCCAUUUGGGCUUGGAACCAAUAGAGAAGCGCCAGCUGAUCGGGACAACCACCAUCAUCAUCGUGCUGUUCACCAUACUGCUGCUGGGGGGAGGGACCAUGCCCCUCAUCAGGCUGAUUGACAUCGAGGACUCCAAAGCACGCAAGAGGAACAAGAAGGAUAUUAAUCUCAGCAAGACAGAGAAGAUGGGAAAUACCAUAGAAUCCGAACAUUUAUCAGAGCUCACAGAGGAGGAAUAUGAAGCCCAGUACAUAAAGCGCCAGGACCUCAAAGGCUUUAUGUGGUUUGAUGCCAAGUAUUUGAAUCCUUUCUUUACCAGAAGACUCACACAAGAAGACUUGCAUCACGGGCGCAUACAGAUGAAAACCCUCACGAACAAGUGGUACGAGGAGGUACGACAAGGACCCUCGGGCUCUGAAGAUGAUGAGCAAGAGCUGCUAUAGCAGAGCAGGGAAAAGCGCAACCAGGGUAUCAUUAGAGCAUCAGGAGGAGGAUUUAAGUAUCAAGAGUCUGACUGCACAAAAGCUGGAAAACUACGAAUGAACUUUGAUUUCAGACACGUCUUGUGCUACACGUUUAGGUGUGAAACGGCAGAUGUCCUGUGCUCGAUGUGACCAGUUGGCGAUGGAAACCACAAGUGUCAGACACUGGACUGAACAAAUAACCCUUUGUUCAGAUUGUACAGCAAAGCAAAUUUAAUGCAGCCUAUUGAAAAGCAGAAACAUCUGCCAUGAAAUUAUUAUGUUGUUUAAGGGGGGGUCUUCUUUCUGUUACAAAAUCUGCUGUAAACAUGCUGAAGUACAGAAUUGUAUGAUUCUGCAAGACAAUGAAUUGCACUUUAGGUUUAUAUAUAUAUAUAUAAUGUAUAUACAUACACAUUCACAGCAUGAAGAGUCUUGACAGUUUAUACUGUGAAUUUGUUUCAGCACUGCUAAGUGAAUCGGACUGGAAUAAAUCUGUUGUUGAUGGGAUUUGCACGUGGUGGGUCCAGAGGAGCUGCAUUGCACACACACGGAGGCACCUCUGGAAACUGCUGCUUUUGUCACUUGAAUUCUUUAUUUCUGUUUGAUGGGAUUUAAUUUUAUACUGAAGUAUCUCAUCCACAGUACUGAUUAAGGUUCAGGGGAAUGGGGGUGUAUGACAUAGUACAGAACUGCAUUUGAAAUUCUAGUUUUGAUGCUUGUUUUUCUUUGGCCAAAGCCGGUUGCAGUUGGUUUCUGUGAUGGGCAGUUGCACUUUGGUUUCAGACCUUAAAGAACAGGAGCUUUUGUUUCGCCUGGUUGGUGAAGCCCUAACACUCCAGACUUCACUCACGGAAUUUCCAGGUUCCAGCGGAAGCAAACGCAGCGUUUUCCAUAUUAUUCACUUGUUAAACUGAACGUGGACAUGAGGAAGAUGACUCCACAAAAAUCUAAUCCGGGUACAGAAGGGUUAAUAUUGCACGUUGGUGAAUGUUGGGAAUUGCCAAACAGCUUUCAUUAAGCUAUCCUGUUUAUUAAUAGGGUUUUUCUCUUUUCUUACACUGUUUCAAGAAUCAUCAGCAUCGUCUCACAUUUUGUACGCGGCCGUUCGCUCAGAAUUGCGCACACCUAAACAGACACGGUGUUUGUUGCACACUUGCCAUGGUUACACACACAGCACUUCCCUCUCUCUGCCAACCCCGAUUCCUCAUGAGAACAUUCACUGUCAAAACGUGAACCGUAAUUCCGCACGUUAACCCGACACGCAAGCGCACGCGUUUAUUUCUGGAAGCGGGAGCCUUACAUAUUUUUUCGUCUGGUUUUGCUACCAAGGUUUUUAAUCCACGGCUUAUCCACCGGGACGAAUAAAAGUUGGAGAAUGUGUUUAGAAUCCCAA